AAAUAAAAGCAGAUCCAAGACUCGAAGCCCAAUUUGUAACAAAUAUGGUAGUGAGGGGCCCAGCCCAUUCUCAGAUCGGGGGGAUAACUCCCCACUCGCACAUGGUUCCUUCGCGGACGUGAACUCCGGCGGCGGCAGGCUAGCUCUCCGUAAAGACAAAACCGAAGAAAUCCACGCCAGACAAAGAAUCCGAAUCAGAUAGCUGGGAUUAAGAAAUCAGAUACGGAAGAAGAAGAACAAAAAGAAAGGCAUGGGCGUGGAUUACUACAAGAUUCUCCAGGUAGACCGGAACGCCAAGGACGAUGACCUGAAAAAAGCGUAUCGGAAGCUAGCCAUGAAGUGGCACCCCGAUAAGAAUCCCACCAACAAGAAAGAAGCUGAAGCCAAAUUUAAACAAAUCUCCGAGGCUUACGAUGUUUUGAGUGAUCCGCAAAAGCGAGCAGUGUAUGAUCAGUACGGAGAGGAGGGGUUGAAGGGGCAGGUUCCACCGCCUGGUGCUGGUGGGUUUCCGGGUGGGACUGAUGGCGGACCGUCAUCGUUCCGGUUCUCCACGAGGAAUCCCGACGAUAUCUUCUCUGAGCUUUUCGGGUUUUCGAGUUUCGGAGGGAUGGGCGACUUCGGUAGUGGGUCCCGCGCCGGCGGGCCUGGGUUUUCGAGGAGUAUGUUCGGGGACGAUAUAUUCAAUUCGUUUAGAGGUGGAGGCGGGGAGGCCUCAGGGAACGUGCCCAGGAAAGCCGCUGCGAUAGAGCGCACGCUGCCUUGUAGUUUGGAGGAUAUGUGCAAAGGGACUACGAAGAAGAUGAAGAUUUCGAGGGACGUUAUCGAUGCCAGUGGGCGACCUGCCACAGUUGAGGAAAUUCUUACCAUUGACAUCAAGCCGGGUUGGAAGAAGGGCACAAAAAUCACCUUUCCAGAGAAGGGACAUGAACAGCGAGGUGUCAUACCCGCAGACCUCAUCUUUAUUGUUGAUGAGAAGCCUCAUGGUGUCUUCAAGAGGGAUGGCAAUGAUCUAAUCGUCACCCAGAAGAUAUCACUUGUGGAGGCUUUGACUGGUUAUACAGCACAGCUGACAACCCUUGAUGGUCGAAAUCUGACAGUUUCCAUCAACUCCAUCAUUAGUCCCACUUAUGAAGAAGUUGUUAAAGGAGAGGGGAUGCCAAUCCCCAAGGAUCCUUCGAGAAAAGGGAACUUGAGAAUCAAAUUCAACAUCAAGUUCCCUAGCAGGCUUACAUCAGAGCAGAAAUCGGGUAUCAAGCGAUUGUUAAUGUCUUCUUAAGGACUGGUAGCGGUUCACCCUACAAAUCUUCCGACCUCCUAAAUCAAAAUAUGAGGGUGUCUUCUGGGUAGGCUGGCUAUUUGGAUUUGACUUGAUUCUUCAUUGUAAUCAGUAGUGCAAGAUCUCGAUUGCUUUACAGCUACUUCAUUAACUUGGUUUCUUCGAAUCAAAUACAAUCCGAUCACUUCGAACCUUUAGGAUGGAGGGAGGGGCCAACUCGAGCUCGACUCUGAUCAAGUAGCAAUGGUUUUGUAAGCUUCUACGAUCAUAUGCUUUCAUGGUCCCUUCAUUUCUGAAUGAGUCUUCUUACUUAUAAGUUAACGUGAAGAACACACUCUCUACGUAGGAAUAGUCCAAAGACAAGAUAAUAGACCAUUUCUUAAGGUUCCAUCCUUUAGAGCAUUCCCAUCCAGCUGAGGAUGGGAGCUUGCUGCCUAAAUUCAUGGAAAACCAAGGGGGCGCAGGCUUCCAGGUUUUUUUAGAUGAUUAGUAGGGCUUAUUUGUGGGAAAUUUUUGAUAGGGCACAACCAAGAGGGCUGAAGCGCGCUGUCUUGGGCAUCCCUACGAAUGAAUACUUCUGCUCGGAACAUAAUAUAGAUCGCUUGCUUGCGACUGGCUUGCAAGAGAGCUUUCCACUUGAA